UAUAUAACUGACAUGGUUUAAAAAGAACCAUUCACCUGCUGGCCAUCUCUCCAGAUCUGAAGCCUGAGAAAAUGACCUGAAGUUGUAGCAGGAGAGACUGAGAAUUGUGGUGUGUGUGCCCGUGCUAGGAUUCACAGAGGGACAGUCAGCAGUUGCCGGAAGUUGUAGGCACGAGUCGUGUCCUCCAGGCUGCUCCAGGACUGCCUUCGUCCAGCUGGGCCAUCUUCUCUGGACUGUCUACAUGGGAGGCCUUCCAAAGCCGCAGUGGGGAAGGAGGCCCUGUAGACAAGAGGCUGGCAGUGGAGGGUGGAGGCCAUGGUCCCUUUGUGGGAGAACAGCUGGGAAGAGGGCGUCUGCCCCAUCUGCCAGGAGCACCGAAAGGAGGCCGUGAGCACGGACUGUGGGCACCUCUUCUGCCGAGUGUGUCUGGCCCAGUACGUGGAGAAGGCCUCCGCCUCUGGGGGCUUCUGCUGUCCCCUCUGCCGGAAGCCCUGUUCCGAGGAGGUUCUGGGGGCAGGCUACAUCUGCCACAGCCACCAGAAGAAGGUGUGCUGGUUCUGUGAGGAGAGCAGACUUCUUCUGUGUAUGGAAUGCCUGGUGUCCCCUGAGCACAGGUCUCAUCGUGAGCUGGCCAUUAAAGAUGCCAUCAGCCACUACAAGAAGCGACUCACCUGCAGGAAGAGGAAGCUCAAAAAGUACAUCAGGGAACUUCGGCAGCUCAGGGCUCAGGAGGAAGAGAGGCUUCAGGCUUUGCAGUUUCUGGUAGACUGUGGACCUGAAUGGGGGAGCCAGCAGCAAACUGAGAGGCAGCUGGAUGACAUCCCCCAGCAGUGGCCAGACCAGCUGGAGGGCACGCCAGCAGAGAUGUCCAGAAGCCUUGACAUCUCCAGGACAAUCACACAGCUCCACAGCCUGGUUUCUGAUCUGGAGAGGAUGGCCAGGGAGCUGGAUGCCAGCAUGCUGAAGGUGCAUACCCCAAGGCACGCCCCAAAGACAGCCAGCGACUUAUUGACCAGGAGUGCUCCACAAAAAUUAGAAGCUAUUUAUCCCAAAUUAGAGAAAAAAGUCAACGAAUCCCUUCUUCAAGCAUCCUCAGCAACUCCGACCUGUUCAUCCCUCAUCUCAGACUCACCUCAUUCUCCUCGCUCUCCGGCCGCCAACCUGUCCGGCCGCGCAUUAAGUCCCCCUGCUGCAGCUUCAGGCCUGCCAUCUCCUGAACACUUUCCUCAGCCCCAUAGCCAUGACCUGGUGCCUGAGUCCCUGACACCGGAACAAUCAUCACAGCCUCCUUCCUGAACCAGCUUCAUGCCUGUGGCUCCCACUGCAGAGAUCAGGAUGCAAGAUUCCACUCUGCCUGUGAAUUGACAGAAGCCCAUCUCUCCCAAUAUCAAAAUAGGAGUAUCCUGGCACCUAGGUGGCAUGUGCUCACCAAUGGUGAGCCACCUCUGCAUAUGGAACUGGCAGGUCCGUUGGAAAGAAUAUUCCUUCUGAGUGUCUGUACCACUCACCUGGCACUGAUUAUUUUGUGGUGGACAGACACUAAGGUGACCCCCAUGACCCGCCCCUUUUGGUACUCAUGUCCUUGUGUGAUCCCUUCUCCUUGGGUACAAGCAGGAUCUGUGAUUUGCUUCUAAUGAAUGGAAUAUGGAAAGGUGACGGGAUGUCACUUCCAUGAUUAGGUUAUGUUAUAUGGCUAAAGGAAUGGGUUGUCACUUCAGUGACUCACUCUUGAGUCUGUCCUUGUGGGAUUGAUCAGGUGAGUGGCCCUGUGGUGAGCAGGCAGCCUCUAGGAGCUGAGAGUAGCUCCCAGCCUUUAGCCAACAAAAAGCAGGGCCCUUAAUCUUGCAGCUGUAAGAAAACAAAUUCUGCCAACAGCCUAAGUGAAUUUGGGAGUGGGUUUUUCCCCAGUUGAGCCUCCAGAUGAGAACCCAGCCCAGCUGACACCUUCAUCACAGCCUAGUGAGACCCUAAGCAGAGAAUCCGAAUUUAUGACCCACAGAAAUUGUGAGGUCAUAAAUGUCACAGAAACGGUGAUACAAUAAAUGUGUGUUGUUUUAAGACACUAAGUUUGUGGUAAUUUUUACAGAGCAAUAGAUAACUAAUAUAUUUAUGUAUUAACUAUUUGUGCAUCACUUCUUUGGGUGAGUAAGGACAGUACCCUGUCUUCGUGUCCCCAGUGUCUAAGACAGUGCCUGGCUCAUAGCUGGUGCCCAGUGAAAUUUAUUAAGUAGAUGCAUGAAUGAAUGAAUGGAAAGUAUAAGGGCCAUUUCUUGAUGCUCCAUGUUUAACAAAGGGAGACUUUAACCAGAAUGUAUUGAACCCUUGCUGAAUUAGUCAAUACUACAGUAGGCACUGAAGGAUGUAAAGAAUAAAGCGUGGCCACAAGGAAGUGCUGCGUUGUGGUGUAAAAAGUGAAAUUUUGACUUAAAUUCAGUCUCAGUCCUGACAGCUAAUACCUCUGUAACCCUGGGCCAGUUACUUAGCCUCCCUCUCUGAACCUCAGUACCACACCUCUAAAGUGAAGGUAAUGGUCUCUGUAGCCUGGGGUUGUUGUCAGAAUUAAAUGUUAUUACAUAUGCUGUAGUACUUAACAUGUUGUCAACAUUCAAAUAUGGUAAUUCUAUCUUCUUCUACUUCUCCAUCCAGAAGCUUACAAUCUAGCUGUGGAGCCAGGACAAACACAUAUGGAAUAAUACGAAACUGUGUGUCUGGUUAAAUUAAGUGUCACUGUUGCUAAGUGCUGUGGGGAUUCAGAAGAGAGACACUAGUGAGGAUGAGAAAUUCAGGGUCGGCUUUGUGGGGGAGGUGGGAGUGGACAGCAGGGGGGUACGAUGAGAGCACCCAGUUCAGGACAGCUCCACGAAUGAAAGCAUGGAGGUAGGAACAAGCCAUGCAUGUUUGCGGGACCAUGAGGAGACUGACUGGUUAAUCUGGAAUAGUCAGGAAUGGGGAAGAGCAAAAUUGAAGCAGGGCGUUAGACAAGUGACAUCAAGACCUAGGCAGCCAUCAAAGGUUUUUGAGUCAGAAGUGAAGGGAAUAAGUGGUGUUUAAGGAAGACCAGUCUGGGCUCCUGUGCCAGGUGGAUUGGGGGGCUGUGGAGAGGGGGAAGGAGAAAGAUCCUGGUGUAGAUGUUCAGAAAAACAAAGGGUGUAGUUACCAGGCAAGAAGCUGGAAACAUGAGACCCCGAAUCUCAGAACAAGGUGAUAGCCAAGGAAAACACAUCCACGGAGGGGACAGCUAACAGUCCUGCAUCCUAGCUGGGGUUGACCUCACACAGAUAAUUUGUGCCAAAGUAUCUUGCCAGGAGUGGGAGGAGACUGGCAGGCUACAAGGCUCUCCCUCACCAGAGAGCCAGUUAUCCUGCGGUGCCUGCCAACCCCUCUGCCCUCUUCUGCUGUGACUGCACAUUGGGCUAGUGUGGGUAUCUGCCCAGCAGGUAGCUGGCUAAUCCAGCCUAUGAGCUUGCCUGCCCGGAAAGGACUUAUCAAAGAGGGACCAUGAUAAUGAAGUGAACAUCAGCUUCUCUCGGAAAUUCAGAAUGGAUCCAUGGUGCACACACCAGGAGUGGGCAGGAAGGGCAGCCACAGAUGGAAUGAGAGCAGCACGCGUGGCCAUGUGCCGGAGAAGCGUCCAUGACCUAGGUUGUGGGUGGUCACAGGGUAAUCCAGCCUCUGAGCUCCUGUGGACCUCAAGUCCCCUUUCUACCAGUUCUUGGACAUACAGAGGCAGUGCUGGUCAUGAGCACAGACUUGGGAACCAAACUGUCUGAAUUCCAAUGUGCUUUACUGUCUGAUGUGUGAUAUGCACUGUCGCUGUGCCGCGUACGAUCUGCGGACGACCUGGGACCCAUUAGCCGACUUCCGCGUCUCAGCUCUGUCAGUAUGACGUGGGGGUAUCACCUCAGAGUUGUCGGCAGGAUUAAGUUAGUUAAUGUGUAAUCAAUUUAUUGCAAUGACUGGCCCAAGUGAGCUCUAUAUGUGUUUGUUAUUAGUAGUACUAGUAUUUUAAAAUCUCCACGAGGCCUGGCUAAUGGUGGAAAAUUCCAUU